AUGAACCAAGCUGCGUCUUCGACAAUCAACCGCAUUGCUGAACUCGAAAACGCGUCCGGAAGGGACAGAAUCAGAGAACACGAUGGCAAACCCACAAGCGAGCCACCUAUUGUGCACAAAAACGAGGCCAAAAGCUCUACCAGCUGCUCACAGAUUGUGCCCCACACUUCCCCUUCGGCCCUGCACCUUCUCAAAUCAGCUGUGCAACGAGUGCAACAAGAAGAAAUAUUGGCUGCCGAGGCAUUACCUACACCUUUUAUAGGCGUUUUGCGAUUUGGCCCUGGCAAAGCUGUCCCUAGGAAAAGAAUUAGUCCUUCUGGUAAGCGGCCGAGACAUACAAAUGACCGUUCAUUUUCUGAAGCAUGGAUGCUCGAAUUACUCGACAAAGUCGAUCCUGAAGCUAUCAAUCCCUUGGUAGCAUUUGCCGCAGCCUUAAAAGACAUCCCGGAUGAGGAGAAGACUGGAUACUACAACACCUUGCGGGAAGCACCCGACUUGAUUGCUUGUGAGUCGAAUCCACUCAUUUUCUUAAAAUUUCAUUCGGACAAUGUCGAGGCAGCUGCUCAGCGCUUUGCACUGUUCUGGCAGGAACGGUAUCGGAUCUUUGGGGAAAGAGCUUAUCUACCGAUGGAUUCCACUGGAAAUGGUGCGAUGUCACGCCAAGAUCUGAUCGUCUACAACUCACAGUACCUCUUUGUGUUGCCUCGAGACGAUGCCGAGGAGUCUGUUGUUUGCUAUACGCCGUCCUUAGUGGAUGUGGACUGUAAAGAGCGCAUGAGAUGCGUUUUCUAUACAUUUUUCCAAGUAUUUAAGAAUCCGAUGUCAUCGAAAACAGGAUUCACUGCCAUAACAGUCUUCGACAAGAUUGGUAUGGAACGUGCUUACGGUAGAAAGCACCCCGCGGAUCUGCUGCGAGAUGCAUUUCCAAUGCGAAUGAAAAAAAUCCAUGCUGUUCUGUUGCUGGAUAGCGAGCACGUGACCUACUUCAAACAAAGAUCAGAGCCUCUAUUUAUACAGCUUUACUCUUGCCCCCUGAACACGCAUUUCGAGGGAACAAAAGAGGAGAUAGCAAGUUCAUUGGUUUCAUCCGGGUUCAGAAGUGCUACUCUCCCGGAAUCUGUCGGCGGCAUGCUCCGAUACUGCGAUGUCGAAGAGGCUUUUACAAAACAACGACAAAAAGAAACAGUAGAAGAAAUAGAACGCAUGAAAAUGAGAAAACGCCUAUCGGCAACUGCUUCUGACAUUUCCGAGGCGGCCUACGACCUUUCAGCCACGGAAGCAGAUAUCACACGCUCGGAUAGCGACGACAGCGCAUCCCGAUGGAAGAUGAGGCGACGACGUCAACUGAACAACGAAGCGUCAAAGCGAAAGAGAAGAAAAAUCAAGCAACACGAACACGAUUUAGAGAAACAAUGUGCGGCAUUGAGAGAGCAAAAUGCAAGGCUCAAAAGCGGCAAUUAUCAAUUGCAACGUCUUUUGAUACAGGCGCAAGAAAUUGUCACUGUGUAUGAGGAACGCAUUCUCCACCCGAAUCGUGCGAUUCAAAACACUAACCAGCUCAAUUCCAUGAUAAGCAACGAAAAUCAUCAGGUAGUAGUCCAGCCCAGCACGACUGCGCUUUCGACACCUGUACCCGUCACUCGUCUUGCCGAUGCUAUAGGACAGCCUUCUGGUUUUUCUGCACACUUUCUACUCUCACCUGAAGAUCCAUUUAAAUCCAACGCAGUGAGCCUGGCUGACGUUCGUUUGCUCCCGGGAGGCUUGUACGAGCGACCAAUCCAAUCAGAUACCAUCGGACAAAGCGAAACAAAAAUGCCGGAUUGUGAACGAAAGGCCCGGGUACCUUAGUUUCAUCGGCCCUAACAUGCGGAUAUGUCCAGCGCUAUUUACGAAUAGAGUUCCUCUUGUGAAACGCGCUCUUUCAGUUUAUAGUACUAACAGUCAAAUACUUGAUGGAU